AUGCAGUUUGGAAGCCGGUGCCAUUUGGAAUAGCGGGCAGGAUGGUGGUUCUGUCGUCGGUAAAGAUGGACGAGCUGCCAGUCGAACACUGACGAGGCUUUAUUGGAGGAUAUGGCAUAUGGAUCUUGUUCAGUCUGCAGUCCUGUAUAGUGUAAUGACCCUCAUCAGUACCUAUCUAGUAGCUUUUGCAUACAAGAAUGUCAAGUUUGUUCUCAAACACAAAGUGGCACAGAAAAGAGAAGAUGCCGUUUCCAAAGAAGUUACUCGCAAGCUGUCUGAGGCAGACAAUAGGAAGAUGUCUCGUAAGGAGAAGGAUGAAAGAAUUCUGUGGAAGAAAAAUGAAGUUGCAGACUAUGAAGCAACAACUUUUUCUAUCUUUUACAACAAUACCCUCUUUCUGGUCUUGGUCAUCAUUGCUUCAUUUUUUGUGCUGAAGAACUUCAACCCCACUGUAAACUAUAUUCUUUCUAUAAGUGCUUCGUCUGGAUUGAUUGCUCUGCUGUCUACAGGAUCCAAGUAGUCAAAAAAACCUACAGCAGUUUAUUUCUGUGAGAGGGGUUCAACUGCCAUACAAAAGUUUAAGGGUGGAAUAGGAAUA